GGAUGCAGUUUUUGGUCUGUAAUCGAUACCCAUACCGUAUUUCUCCUAAAUAUUUGACACCCGCUUGACUUUUAGAUGUUGCCGUGAUUUAAAUAUCGACGAUAAGCGUCAUUCGAGGAUAUGGACCUCUAGAUGGCACUCUGUCCCCAGCAAUGUUGCCGAAGACAGUCUCUGGGAGUGGAAGUUUUCAUAUAUUAGGUUCCAGCCUUUGUGGUCCCCAUCUCCCUUUCAGCAGUCUACUAAAAGGCUUCAACAUGCUACGAGAGAGCUCCAAGGUGUGGAGCAACGGCUCAGAGGCCUACAGCAGCGAUCCUGAGGAGGACGAGGAGGAGGAGGAGGACAUGGUGUUUGGGGAGAAUGAUCAGGACGGCAUGGUGGAGGAGAUGAUGGAUCUGAGCGACCUUCCCACAGCACUCUUUGCAUGCAGCGUCCAUGAAGCUGUGUUCGAAGAGGACGUACACAGGGAGAGGUUCGAAGCGUUGUUUAGGAUCUACGAUGAGCAAACGACUUUCCAGAUGUUCAAAAGCUUUCGGAGAGUCCGGAUCAACUUCAGCACCCCAGAGGCUGCUGCCCGCGCUCGCAUCGAGCUGCACGAGUCAGAGUUCAACGGCAGGAAGCUGAAACUCUACUUUGCCCAAGUCCAGAAUGGCGACGAAGACAUCGACAAGUCGUACCUGGCCCCUCCCCAGCCCGUCAAACAGUUUCUGAUCUCGCCGCCUGCCUCGCCACCCGUGGGCUGGAGCCAGAGUGAGGACGCUACGCCCGUCAUCAACUACGACCUGCUGUGUGCAGUAGCCAAGUUAGGACCUGGUGAGAAGUACGAGCUUCACGCAGGGACAGAAUCCACCCCCAGCGUGGUCGUCCACGUGUGCGAGAGCGAGACGGAGGAGGAUGAGGCGGCACGGCCAAAGCAGCAGAUAGUCCAGACCAGACGUCCCGAUGGACCCCCCAAAGUCUUCAACUAGAGAGCACCCCAACACACACACACACACACCGGCGCGGCCCCCGACCGCCCCUUAAACCUGCAACACACCUGCCCUCUCUCUCUCUCGUCUCUGCACUCACAGAGAGCGUCGAUGCCCCUCAUUUCAGUUCAACUACAAGCAAAAACAAACCAACAAACAUUGCUCAAAGACGGUGUUUGUGGGGAGUGUGGCGAUGGAAUGAGGCGGCUUGAAGGGGAUGGAUGAGAAUCUCACACACACUCAUCACAUUCUGCGGACAGCGUGGGGAGUGGCGGGCACACUUGCCUCCACCCCACCAACCCCCCUGGUUUUCAGCAAGAGGGGUCAAAAUACCUGUCCCAGCGGAGGCACCUGUCACUUCUCACACACACUCAGCUCUCAUUGCUAGUCCUGCUCAGUAGCUUGCUACUUAAUUAGCUUGUUAGCCGUACCUCUCCCUUCGUCACACAGUUUUGUGUACAAUAACCUUUGGUUGAGGAUGUGCGAUACCUCUAAACAAAGACAUUUUUCUUUUCUUUU